UUUCCAUUAAUUUUCAAUUGCACAUUAGCAAAUUCAAGUGCAUCUGGCAUCACGGUUAGAAAUCAGAAAGAGAAACGUCAAAACGAGCGCUGCGGACGACGUAUUUUUAUUUGGUUUCGUUUCGGUUCAUUGUUUCGUACUGGCACGGAACUACGAAAAUACGCGGAACAACAUUAUUAACAUUUCCAUAUCAGCGGUAAAUCAUCCUGUGCUUUAAACAACAAAAACAGAUGCAGCGAUUUAACAUUAUCGUAACUGCCAACUAUCGCCCAGUGUAUCCGUGGCUGCCUUUUUUGUCCCAGGAUCAUCAGCAGCAAGUCAUGAUGGCCGUUGAUCGAGUGAAACAAAUUGCUAUGCCCAAAGAAGUGUAUGCGGAAGAACGGGGCGAGCAGCAGAAAAAAGUAAGCAGCAUCCCGGAAAUCGUUCGAUUCCUCGAACCAACUGAAAGAGUGACGCAGCCGAUUGUAAGCUCAAGUUCGACCUUGAGGAGGACCAGCUGGUGCGGACAAAAUAAACGGUUGAGGUGCAAACGAACCAUCAAAUCAAUGAGGUUCGUUAAAUUGCUGAUCAGUGGUUUCCCCUACAACAGUCCACUUUGAUGGAAGCAACUUCAAACAGGAGGAAAAGUACAGUAAAUUCGAGCGAAAUCCCCCCAAUUUCAAUUAUCCUCUGCAGGCUGGUACUGGGAGCCACGCUAUUUUUGGAAUCAUAGUCGCUCGGAAGGUUCAUGAGCUACACCGAUAAGCGGUCGAACUUUUGUAGAAGGAUUCGACUAGUUCCAAGCAAAACAGGAAUAUAACUUGAAAAGAAGAUUAGUGAUCGCGUGGCUACAUUAAAGCCAGAAUUUGAAAUUGUGAAAACAGGUCAGCAUAGGCAGUUUGUUUCUCUGAUUAGUUUUUAAAGCAAAAUCAAACGGGUAGAGAGCUGUAUAAAACAGCGGUGUUUAAACUCGCCUCGGAAAGAAUCAUUCGGCUGAUUUUUUCCGAGUUUAACUUGUUGUGUGCAGAUUGAUUUUAUCUUCGUUCCAAUCAUGACGUGAUUGCACACAAAACGAAGAGAACAGUUCCGAGUUGAUGUUUUCCCCUCCUCGCAGGAAUAAAAUCACACCAAUGAAACAACAGAACGAAGCUUACCGUACACGAAUGCUCACGAGCGAUCGUUGCCCGACGGACCGAGUUAACAUUCCUCGCACCCUUCUCUCGCUCGUUUCCCGUUCCCUUGUAUCUAUCACUUUUAGCCACGCCCCCAUGCGUUGUCCGAUUGAUGUGUUCGGCUGCCGAACGAAAACGAUUUUUUCUUUAGUUCGCUGAACUGUUCGUUUGCUUCGCUGAUGUUUCUCCCCCGAUUGCUGUUUACUCCUGCCGAGUUUACCCGAAGCUUACUUCCUGAUGCUUUCCGAGUCGAACUUUAGAUAGCAUCAUUGCAGAUUGAGUUUAACGAAAUAAAAUCGUUCUGCAAAGAAGGGCAAAGUGCGAGUAU